CAAGGUGAAAAUUACAAAAGUGAGCAAAUUUACUAGGUGUUGACCGAUGAAAUUAUCAGUAUCUAGUAAAUUCGCUCACUUUUAUAAUUUUCACCUCGUUUCAAGGAGGCUUAUUACGGUUCCUUGUGACGAAGUGAAAAUUACAAAAGUGAUUGAAUUUACUAGAAUACUGAUAAUUUAUAACUUCAUUGGUUAACUUCUAGUGAAUUUGAUCAUUUUUGUAAUUUUCACUUCGUCACAAAAACCGUAAUAAGCUCCAAGAUACAGUAAUCGAUCCCCUACAUAUCUAGUGCCUUAACCAAACUCACCGAACAAAUCUGCCUGCAUAAUGACGUCAUGGCUCAUUCUAUAAAAAAGCUAUCGGACUCGUGACAUCAUCAAUCCAGAUCAGCUGUUUGUCUCGCGAUCGAUGUCUGCUUGACUGUCUACGCGCAAUAUUUCCUAUGGCCGAAUGGAAAACACGGAAAGCAACACGGGGUGGAGCUGAUGACAAAUUGACUGUAUAUUACGCGCGUUUCAGCGCGUUUCUGAAUGGGAAGUUGUUAUGAAACCGGAGUGGAGUGAAACGCAUUUAAAUUAGAAGUCCUAAAAUAACGACGUUGACGUUAAGGUGAUUUUGAGCAAAAUUCUGCGAAUUGAUAAUUUAUAAGCUUAAUAUUAAUUGAGAAGGAAAGAUGGGACAAACGCUUAGCGAACCAAUUACGAAGAAGAAGUCUGCUUGUUGCCGGGAUAGCAACUAUCGGGUAGGAAGUUCCUGCAUGCAAGGAUGGCGCAUUAAGAUGGAAGAUUCACAUGUGCACAUACUUUCUUUACCCAGUGACCCAGGCACUGCAUUCUUCGCUGUCUAUGAUGGACAUGGAGGUGCAGCUAUGGCGCAACACGCUGGAAAGCAUCUUCACGAAUAUAUAAUUAAAAGGAGUGAAUAUAAGGAAGGCGAUAUCGUAGGUGCGAUACAACAAGGCUUCUUAGAAUUGGACAAAGCAAUGCAGAAUAAUGCUGCGCUUAGGGAUGAACAUGCCGGAACAACUGUUAUUGCGCUUCUCAUCAAAGAUAAUAUUUUAUACAGUGCUAAUGCAGGUGACAGCAGAGCGGUGGCUUGUAUCAAUGGCAGGGCAGUUGCUCUCAGUCGAGACCAUAAACCCACGUUAAAGGACGAGCGCAAACGUAUCGAAGCAGCGGGUGGUUUCGUUGAAUACAAAAGGGUGAACGGCAAUCUGGCGCUGUCUCGUGCCCUCGGGGAUUUCAUAUUUAAGCGGAAUGACCGUAAAUCGCCGCAGGAACAGAUCGUAACCGCGUUUCCCGAGGUACAACAGCUUACCAUUGACGAGGACUGGGAAUUUGUCGUUUUGGCGUGCGAUGGUAUUUGGGACGUGAUGACCAGCGAAGAGGUAGUUCAAUUCAUAAGAAUGCGUUUAGCGCAUUCAAAACUUGGCAAUGGAGAAGCGUCGAACUGUACGAUACAUCCCGAGGAGAUCUGCGAGGAACUUUUAAACUGUUGCCUGGCGCCGGACGCUCUUAUGGGCACCGGCUGCGACAAUAUGACAGUGAUACUCGUGUGCUUUCUCCACGGCAAGCCGUGUUCGCGAUUAAUUUUGCAUUGCCAAAAUCCACCGGCGGGUAUAGAGCUAUAAUUGUUUUAAAUUGUAUAGCGACAUUGUAUGUUUUAUCUAAAUUAUUACGGACAUUUUACUUUCAAUUUCGUAUUGAUACAAUUUUUGAUAUAGAGAUAUUUGUUGUACAAUAUACUAUGCAAUAUACUGGCUCUGUUAUAAAGAGAUGGAGCAGACGUGUUUAUAAAAUACAUUAUAUUUAUAUUUUCAUUCUCGAAUCUGUGUUACUUUUACAUUGUAC